UCUGCUGCAGGAACCUGCUACUGCCGUGCGCAUGCGCAUUGCCAGCAGCUUAGGUGGGAACAGUCGGUUAGCAACGAAAAGCUCAACAGAAACAACGGGACGGCAGAGAAAGGCACAGCAUUUGUCUCAGUCUUUAUUUAAGGUGGCUUAGCACAACCUGGUUCUCAACAGAACACACAAACACACCCCCAGCACAGUAGGAGGAUGGCGGUGAAUGUCUACUCUACUUCUAUGACAGCUGACAACCUGAGUCGUCAUGACAUGCUGGCGUGGGUGAACGACUCUCUACAGCUCACCUACACAAAGAUAGAGCAGCUCUGUACAGGUGCUGCUUACUGCCAGUUCAUGGACAUGCUGUUUCCAGGGUGCAUAUUGUUGAAAAAGGUCAAAUUUAAUGCUAAGUUGGAGCACGAAUACAUCCACAACUUCAAGGUUUUACAGGCUGCGUUCAAGAGAAUGAAUGUGGACAAGAUCAUUGCCGUGGAGAGGCUGGUGAAGGGAAAGUUCCAGGACAACUUUGAGUUUCUUCAGUGGUUUAAAAGGUUUUUUGAUGCCAACUAUGAUGGGAAAGAAUACGACCCUCUGCUGAUGCGACAGGGUCAGGAAGGAACGCCACCACCAUCUAACCCAGCUCCCAUGAGAACGUCUCCCACAGCACCAAAGACUGUUCCACCUCCACAGAGGCAGAUCAACGCCCCGACACCUCGCAGGAACACCCCCAUGACCCGAAACGGAGGAGACGCAGAGCUUGUAGAACUUAACCAGCAGAUUUUGGACAUGAAACUGACAAUAGAUGGACUGGAGAAAGAGAGGGACUUCUACUUCGGAAAGCUGAGAGACAUUGAGCUCAUCUGCCAGGAGAACGAGAACAGCUCAGUCCUUGGCAAAAUAAUCGACAUACUGUACGCUACAGAGGAAGGAUUUGCGCCACCAGAAGAUGAAGAAAUUGACGAAGGAGCAGGAGACCAGGAAGAAUUCUGAAAGCUUCCUGUUUUCACCACCAUCCUUCAUCUGUCUUACUUUAUUCAGACAAAUAUGUCAUUUUACCCUUUCUUUUGCCCCUUUUAAGUAACUUUUUACAACCUCCCCUGACCUUUUCCACCUCAUCUUUGGCUGUACACACUCUUGAUGACUUUGUUGUACAGUCUAGCUUCCCGGACUCUUAUUUUGAAAGGACUUUUAUCCAGAUGUGUCUGGACUAGGGCCGAGCAGUGUGGCCUGGCUUACUUGACAAAUUCUAACCUGUUAACAGAGGGGACAGCAGCACUGCAGGACAAGUUCAGUCUGUUGGUCUGUCAGAGAGUUCAAAAUGAACAGAUUUGAGAUUAAAGAGAGGCCACACUGGAGCCAGCAGUACUGUGAAACUGUCUCUGUGAGGCUUUCUCACAGCGUGUGCUCUAAUCAGCGAUCACACAGACGCACAAACGUGCUUCAGGGGGUUACUCCAGAGUUUAUACAUUAGGCCAUGCGAAGUUUAACACUUAGUGUGAUUGUUUUUAUACAUUUUGUCCUGAUUGUACAAGUUGAGGUUAUAGAAAGUGUUUAGUCUUUUAGGAGCCAGGCCUGCAGAAAGGAUAUAUUUUGAUCUUAUGAUGGAAAGAGAACAAUUCACCCACAGACAUAUCACAGACUCUGAACUGCAUACAUGGGCAUGCUUAAAGUGAGUCAGUGCCCCGAGGAAGAAAGAAAAAAAUCACAGAUGUGUUUUUAUCCACCUAGUUGUCCCACAAGAGACCGUUGGCAUGUGAAAUGGUUCUGACAGCGUGCUGAGGUGACAACAUGGUGUAUUUAUGUUUUUUAUUUAUGUAUCCUGAUUUGCUCUGUACAGUUUCUGAAAUAAAGGGUUUAAGGUUUGGAGACAUUGAAGGUCUUGCACUAAAUGUAGCAAAAAGAAUUGACUGAAAUGAUCCAAAAUGCCAACAUGCAGUGACUGGCUGCUGCCAGAAAGAUACAGGAAGAUGCAAUUUUAUAUUUUGUAAUUUUGCUUUUAAAAAAGUAUGUUUCCUUUUUUAUUUGCAUUGAACUCCUCAGUAGCCAAGUCAAAGGCGUCAGUGAAAAACGUAUUUAUGAGACAAAUAUGAAGCUAUAAAUUGUUGUAAUGAACAAACACUGCAGACAAACACUACUAAAUACUAAUGUUUGACUGUAUUAACUUAGUGAAACGUUUUAGCUGCUAUCAUUACUUCUCUGUUGCUGCAUUUAAGUUUUCAUGGGUUGUAAAGCAUUAACACAUCACAGCGGCUGCCAAGGAAAUGAAGGUUUGAUUGAGCAUGGAUGACCUUAGUUGGAGAAGUCAGAAAGAAGAAACCCUCAGGCAUUAUCUGACUGUCUGUUAACAUGGUAGCCAUGUGAUGAACAUGCAUCAUUUGGAGUCACUGCUGGAAUGAAAUAAAACUCUGAGGUUUCAAGAAAAAGUAACAAA